GAAACCUAAAUUUGCUGUGAUUUGUUUACAAGACGGCAUACCUUAACCUGGCUUUCCGGAAGCCAGACGCCGGGUCUCAUGGAUGAUUUCCUGUACGACGACUACUAUGUCCAGGAUGACGUGGAAGAGUUCGAAUCGAGUUCCCCAUUCAUUUGGCACCUCGACGGGAUGGUUGAGGGAUGUGUUGUGCCGGUGGGACUGCAAAUGGGGAGUGCUGUUGGCAUCAUUUUGGUCACAUGUGCCCUCCAGAGGCUCAUCUCAUCCUUUGUGUCUUCUGGGACAUUCCGGAAUGUGUUGAGUAUUAGCUUCGGAUGCCUACUCUUGGGGAUUAUUGUUGGAAUUAAUGGAGCCUUUGUAGUUGCUCUGGCCAUUCUGCAUAUUUUUCUCCUACAUCUUGUGCCUCCGAAGGUUCAUGUGGCCUUAGCUCUGGGUACACCGAUUGUGGUGGAACUUGUGGAUCCGAAUGUGGAGCGUUGGCAGCAAAUACGUGGAGUUAACAUGGGAAUUGCAAUGAAGGGAAUUUCUUUGGCUUUCGAUGGGGUACAGAGCAAUUGGUUGACGAAUCUUGGGUACUUCUUGGAUCCUCCAACGGUCAUUUUUGGCCCAUGGCGUUCACUUGAUCACUACAGAGCUCCAUCACCACCCUUCCUACCCAGGGAUGCUGUUUCAUGCCUGUGGACACUGUUGAUUGCCACGGGAACUUUCUUGACGAGCAAUUGCCUCCUGGCCACACUGACCACCCCAUGGCGAUGGCUUGAGGCCUACAGGGAUGCUCUCUCCUUCCGUUUGGGGCACUACUUUGUUAACUACGUCGCAAGUGCAUCCCUCAUUGUUGCCACAUCCGAUCAUCGACCAAUUGUCCGACCACUGAAAGUUGAAGCACCCAGAUCACUAGUUGAGGUGGUCGUUGCUUGGAAUCUCCCCAUGCACGCCUGGCUGAAGCGCUACAUCUUUCAACCUUUUCGUCGGUGUGGACCAGCCUGUGCCAUUGCUGCCACCUACGCAGCUUCUGCUCUCUUGCACGGCCUAAGUCCACCACUUGUGGCUGUUCUCAUGCACCUCGCCAUUGUAACAUGGGUUGAGUUCCAACUGAGGCACAAAGUUGCAUCAGUUUUCAGUGCCUGCGUGGCUGCACGAAGGUGUUCCGGUUGUCGUCACAUGCACCGAGGUUUCCUUGUAAUUUUCCUGAAUCUCCUCUUUGGUUUUGUGGCUGUGCUGCAACUUGCCUACCUCGGAGCUCUCUUCGAUGGGGCUCCACAGCAAACAAUCACCGCAGCAAUGACUGCUGUUUGGGAUAAAUGGAGUCAUCUAGGUUUUGUUGGUCAUUGGCUACUAGCUGGGGCGUUGCUACUUCAUGUAGCUUCUUAAUUUUUCAGUAUUUAUUUUGUAUUUUUUAUAUUUUUGAGGUUUAUUGAGUCAUUUUUUGUAGAAAUUCUUCCAAGUAAAUUAAUAAAUUAAGAAAUAA